CAACAUCCUACAGCAGCCGAGGCGCGGCGGCGAUGGUCUCGUGGUCCAGCAGUGGGCCGUCGGGCUCUUUGUCUUCUUCGCGGCCAUGGAAGCAUAAGAGAGGAAGAAAACUACGACCUAUCGCUUCUCCAGGGCGCGGCCCCCAUGGGCACGUCAAGACCGGCGGCGCGCGGAGGGUACGAGGCCAUUCACGAGCAGGACGAGGACCUUGACGACGCCGUGCCUGCGUUCGACUUCACGGCAACCCUGGGCCCGAUGACGUCGCACGACAGCGCCUUCAUCAGGAAGCUGCAAGAGCAGGAAGCCAGGGGGAACCUCACCGGAGGCCUGGGCCAGGGGUUCAGAGCGGACAGUCAGGUCCGCAGCGGCGACCUCCUGUCGUCGCCCACCGCCGUCCAGCGCAGCCUCUCGCAGUCCCUCUCGCGCUCCUUCUCACGGCGGAACCCGAGCAAGCGGCUCAACCGCGCCGAGGCCCUGCGGCACGUGGGCCAGGACGAGGCCAACCGCCGCGGCGAGGUCAUCGAGGUCAUCGUGGAAGAGGAGCCUGUGGGCGCCGACCUGAGCAACAUCGAAGGGCCCAACAUUGCCUCUGGCGGAAUGCGCCAGUCGACGUACCCGGUCAAGGAGAAGGCGACGGCGAUGGCGACGACGAAGACGCAGACAUUCUUCCCGCAGCCCAACUGGAAGCCCUUCUCCAUGCGGUGGCCGUAUCUGACGUUGCUCAUCCUCGUCUCGCUGGCCCUGGCCGUCAUGCAGGAGGUGCUGUUCCAGAUGUACAGGCAGAAGCCGCUGGUCAAGUUCACGUCCCCGGACCAGGUGAAGCAGGGCGUCUACUUCGUCAUCAAGUUUGCGCCCACGCUGCUGGCCGUCAUCUACGGCGUCCUGUGGCAGUUUACCGACUUUGAGGUGCGGCGCCUCGAGGCCUUUUACCAGCUCUCCAAGGCGGAGGGCGCGACGGCCUCGGACUCCAUCAACAUCGACUACGCGACCAGCUUCAACUUCUUCCGGCCGUUCCGGGCCUUGAAAAAGGGCCACUACGCCGUGGCCGUGUCCUCCAUCGCCACCAUCCUGGCCGUGUCGCUGGUGCCGACGUUUGCCGCCGCCGCCGUGGUGCUCAGCCCGAGCCGAGCAGAGCGCAUGGCCAACCCGUCGGGCUACAAGACGCUCGGCUUCAGCCCCGUCUGGUCGCGGCUGCUGACGGCGACGCUCGGCGUCAUUGCCGUGCUGGGCUGCAUCCUGGCGUACCUGCUGCAGUCGCGCAAGUCGGGCCUCCUGUCCGACGUCCGGGGCAUCGCGGGCCUGGCCUCCAUGGCCGUGGUGAGCCACAUCCUCAUGGACUUCAAGGACAUGGACACGGCGCCGCACGGCGACAUCCACAACCGGCUCAAGUACAACCGCUACGUGCUGCGCAACUCGUCGCUCGCGCCCGACGACGCGAACCCGGUGACGUCCAAGGAGAAGCAGAGGUCCGAGGACAUUGACCUGCCGACGAACCCGCACCCGGUGCUGCUUCGCUCGGCGGGCAUCAUCUCCAUGAUUGUCGGGCUCUGCCUCUUCACCGGCUUCAUCCCCGUCUUCCUCUUCACGCCCGCCCCCGUCGUGACGGACAAGGCGCCCUGGGUCGUCACCGUGCUCGCCGUGCUCCUCAAGAUGGCCUGGGGCGGCAUGGAGACGGCGGUGCGCAUGAUGGAGCCCUACUACAUCCUCUCGCGGCGCCACGCCCCGGCCAACACGCUGCUCCUCGACUACACGGCGCUGCCCUUUGGCUACAUGCCCGUGCGGGCCCUGCUCAACGGCCACCUGCUCGUCUUCGCCGUCGGCUUCGGCAGCGUCAUGGCCGAGUUCCUCACCGUCCUCGUCGCCGGCCUGGCCACCGUCGACGGCCACGACUUUUUGCUCGUCUACAGCGACGAGGACAAGACGUGGGAGAUCAACUCGGGCACGGAGACGGUCAAGUCGUUUUACGUCUCCGUCGCCCUCUCGCUCUUCAUCCUGCUGUACAUGAUCUGCGUCGCCCUCGUCGUCUUCUUCCGCCGGCGGCACCCCUUCUUGCCGCGCCAGCCCAACACCAUCGCCUCCGUGCUGGCCUACAUCCACCAGAGCAAGAUGCUCUACGACUUUGUGGGCACCGAGAAGUUCUCGUCGGCGCAGGUCCGGCAGCGGCUGGGCGAGGACAAGACGUACGGGCUGGGGUGGUUCGUCGGCAGGGACGGGCAGAAGCACUGCGGCGUGGAUCAGGAGGAGCUAAUUUGCAAUUACAAGCAUGGCAUCAGCUUGCGGCAGGGGACGCAGCCGUGGAAUAUCCAGUGGGAUGUUUUGUAA